AUGCCUUCCGAUUCGAAGAUUCACAUCGUCAAACUCAACGAUGACAACUACACCAAAUGGAAAGGAGAUGUUACUGGUUACUUGAUGUCUCAUGGUCUACAAGAAUUCUUGAUUCCUACUCACGUUCCUGUUCCUCCAUCUAACGAUGAUGUUCGAAAAAGCAUUUCUCUCAUGGAUGCUUGUGGUUGUCCUACUACCAAUCCGAUUCUUGAACCGAUGUUAUGUGAAGUGCCAGUUGACAUUCCUAGACCUAUCAAUCAACUUCCAGCCAAUCAACUUCGACCUGCAGCUCCAAUGGAUAUUGAGUUAGUGCCUGACAUACCGGUUCCUCCAAUUGUUCCAAUGGAUCUCAGCACACCGCCUUCAACACCACCAGGUCAAUUAGUUGUUUGGCAACAACAGCAACAAGCUCAACCACGUGUUUCACCAAUAGCGCCCAUUGUGCCUCAAAAACGUCCUGGUUGGGAUUGGCAACCUCUAGCCAUCAUGGCACCGAACGACAUCUCAAGUGUUGUGGAUGAGUCAAACAUCUUAGUCCCUGGCACUAAGCGGCAUCGUGCGAAUCUAGCUCAACGACGACGUGCUCGUGCUUCCAGGAAACGGUGUGCUAAGGCUCUCAAGUUUGAAGUUAAGAAGUAUGAGAAUGAUCAGAAGUUAAUUCAAUCAAAUGUAAUUCUUCGAAAUGCUUUUACGCCUGGCUAUCAUCUGACUAUGCAUCCCAGUAGACAGUUCUGUCGUGUUGAACCCAAUCAUCAGAGCACAGAAUCGUGGCCGGGCAUGGAGACACACCCAAGUUUAAACAGAUUAACGAGUAGCAAUCAGGCCUCAGGGGGUCAGGCGGCAGACAAAUUAUCUUCCAACUCGCCUGAUGGCUCGUCAGAAGCAACAGCACUAUAUCCAAGGGGUGAAGAAGUAGUCAAAAAAUAUGUAGAAGAAUUCAAUGCUAAAGCCUUCACCAAGUACAUUGCGGAUCAAGAGGAAAAAAGUGAAAAAGGACAACUCUCAAAUUUAAAAAAACUUACAGAAGCAAGCGAGGACACGACACCAAAUCAAUUCGCCACAAUGAUCCAUGCGUUAGAACCUAUGGCGAGCAGCAAAAUAUUAUCACUCAUAAAGGCUCAGAAUUCAGAUGCCUUUCAUCCUAUGUUCACGAUCACCUCUGAACUGAAGAAGGGUACGAAAGAUAUCGUCCGGAAAACAAUGAAAGAGCAUCUAGAACAGAAUGAAAACUUCACAAAUCCAGCACACAAUUUAUGGAUGUUCUUGCGAUCCUUGAAACAUAAACUAUAUCAGCGAGAAGAUAACAAAGCAAAAGCAACAAAAGACUAUAGAAAAUGGUCAUACAAUUCUUCUUUGCUCGAAAGGUCGGUCAAAGACAUGUUUAAAGAAGCAAGCCAAAAAUUGUCUUCAGAAGCAAGCCAAAAAGGGUCGCCAAAGACAAGCCUUAGAAGAGUUCCUGAGCCACUGUCUGUGAAUCAUGAUGAGGAUGUUCUGGACAAGAUUGCUGAUAAGAUGACAAAUAGGAUCCAUCUAGCAAUGACUCGUGAUGGAUAUCCAACCUUGACAGAAGAGAAAGCGCUUUACAUACGACAAUGUUUAGCAAGUGUGCACACCUUCACUUUAAAAUACACAAGUCCUAUGACAAAACCAUUACCAAACGUCAUCAGUGGUUAUUAUUCAACAAUUUUUCACCGUUACUCGGGUACUCCAGAGCUUUCUCAUUUAGCAAAUCGAUUACAUCAAAAAUAUAAUUCAUGUCUUCCUGAAAGUGAGAGGCAUGAUAUAACUGCGAUCAGUCUUGACGAUCAAGAGACUGCAAAAGAUUUUCUUUAA